UCUCAUUGGCCGCGGGACGCGCUGCCGCGUCCUCAUUGGCUGCAGUCUCCGGUCCUCUUCCGCGCUUGCAGCGGCCUCCAUUUUGUCGGGAAAGGCAGGAGGAGGUUGGUCCCAGACGGGAGUUGUGAUCCGUGACUCGCUCGUGGGCUGUUAGAUCCGUGCAUCGCUUCUCCCUGUAGAGGGAAGGAGGCUUGGAGGUCGAGAGGGAGCCGCCGCCGCAGCCGCUCGAAGUCGCUAGGACUUCUCUCAAACUUGUGUGCUGAGGAGACUCGAUGUGGGCCUCAGCUCCUAGGCUGAAAUCAGCAGACUGGCUCAUGAAAACUUGUGUAUUGAGACAAAGGAAAGGAUCUAGCAGAAAGCAACGUCUCUUAUCCUGGGCCUGGCAGCAAGGAAGAGGACAAGUAGUGGAAAUCCUGCAAUCUGAAAAGCAGACUGAAAGGUGACAAAGAAGCUGAAGAUGGGUGGCGGAGAGAGGUAUAACAUUCCAGACCCUCAAUCUAGAAAUGCUAGUAAGAACCAACAACAGCAAACUAGACAGAAGAGCAAGGAUCAGAAUUCUCCCCAGAUGAAGAUUGCUCAUAAGAAAAAGGAACGAGGACAUGGGUACAAUCCAGCAGCAGCAGCAUGGCAGGCCAUGCAAAAUGGGGGAAAAACCAAGAGCCUUUCUAACAACUCCAACUGGAAUGCUGGUUUAUCAAGUCCUAGCUUGCUUUUUAAGUCUCAAGCUAGUCAGAACUAUGCUGGAGCCAAAUUUAGUGAACCACCAUCACCAAGUGUUCUCCCCAAGCCACCAAGCCACUGGGUUCAUGUUUCCUUGAACCCUUCAGAUAAGGAAACGAUGACAUUUCAACUUAAAACCUUACUUAAAGUACAGGUAUAAAAUUAGACAAGUGUUAACUUUAAAUUGUGGUGUUUACACUUGACAUUUUGCAAGUAUCAGCAGACAUUUGAUCUAUGUGCUGUAAACACUAUACAGUGUCAAAGCAAUGUAAACAAAUUAAGUGACUAAUCAAUUCUACUUGAUAAAUUCAAGUUUAGAUCUGGGGAAUAGUAACCUUAACUUUUUUAUUGUUUGAUGGGAAAAAUUAAGAUUUAUGGGUUAACACACAAUUUCUGAAGAAGUCAGACAGUGCAUUUAGCAUAUACAAGGUUGCACAGUUCAGUUUCAUGGUCUAGGGCCAUCCAAACUAUCUUGGGCAUUUUUCAAAAGAUAGCCGCACAGUAUAUGGCCCAGUGGUCAUUUCUCAAAGCAGUGGAAAGGUACCCAGAGAUGUACCAAGUCUAUUCCAAAAACAGUGCUCAAUAGCAUCCCACAAAGCUGCUAAAGUGAUCCUGGCCUCACCUAUAUACAAAGCCUGCUUGAAAUAGGGAGUUGUGUUUGUGACAUUUAAAGCCAUGUAAAUACAUGUAACAUAUGUAAUGUUUUCUUAGCCUUUAUUCUACAAAAAUAAGACUAUUUUUAGUGU